AUUAGAGUACGGGAAGAAAAGAAAAAUUUGUAGGAGGAGAGGAAGUGGAGGAUGGUUUGUGAAUGGGCCAUUACCGUGUUCAUGGGCCACAGUCUUCUACCCUUGGCUAACUUCCAUUGAAUCCCAAAUUGGAAGCCCGAAUCCCCUCCGAUUUACCAUUGUAUAUGCUUCUGCUUCUUCGAUUUUCCGUUUCGAACCAAUCGCGAUUCACAUUUCAAACCACUCCUCAAUGCUGAUCCCUUUGCAUUAUCGGAGCGAAGUGAUGAGCGUUGACGAAGCUGCUUCUUCUUCCUCUCUGUGAUUUCCAUCUCUACCUCUCCUUUCAGGUAUUUCAAUCCCUUCUUGCGCUUUUUUUCCCGCUUUCAGCCUUCAGUUGCUUCCCCCACAAUCCACAUGCCUAAUCCCUUCUGUUUUCCCUUUGUGAUCACUACAAUUUGAAUUCAAAUUGAGCACAAAGUUCUCCAUUGCUGUUCACCACCACUCUCUCUCUCUCUCUCUCUCUCUCUCUCUCUCUCGAUUUCACUCUGUUUCCCUCUCAGAUUCCAGCUUCGGUCAUUGACACCUUCAAAUCUAGCACCCCUUUUCGCACUCUGCUCGACCCAUCGCCCCAUCGCCCCUUUUCCAUCCCUCAAACGCUUCGUUCUCAUUUCUUAACGUGUCACAACUUGUAGUCUUCAUCCCCUCUCAACCCAUCCUCGAACUAGUUGCUUGUAUCGUGGAAGCUUUAAAUCUGUUUGAUAGAUUGCAAGUUGACGGCGUUCGCUCGAUGCUUUUACAAAUAACACUUCUAUCAAUUGGGACCAUAAAGAAGACAUGGUGGAUGAUGCUUGUUUAUUUUUUUAUGGAGGUUCGCUAGUUUCCAUGUAAAUGGUCAACUUGAACAAUAGCUCAGGCAAUGACUCUACAAGUCUGACACAAGAGCGAGGCUUAGCACAAUGCAACUGGUACCAAAUCAUGAUGAGAAUAAAGAUGAUAUUCUGGAACGUGCGCCCAUUUUAAGUCAAUUGGAUUUUCUGCCACAAUCUGUGGGGUCGUCAUCCUCUGCUGAGAUUGCUGAGAUUAUAGCUAUAGGGAGAGAGAGCUCUGUUAGUGAUGAUGAUUUACACAAUCUUAACAUUGAUGAAACUUGUCAUCUGGUGAAUGACCAACCACAAUGUCGUAUAUGCCUUGACACUGGAGGAGAAGAUUUAAUUGCUCCAUGCCAUUGCAAAGGCACUCAAAAGUAUGUCCAUAGAUCUUGUCUUGAUAAUUGGAGGUCCACAAAGGAGGGCUUUGCUUUUGCUCAUUGUACAGAAUGCAGAGCUAUGUUUGUGUUACGUGCAAAUGUUCCUCCUGACCGCUGGUGGUUGAGACUGAAGUUUCAAUUUCUUGUUGCUAGGGACCAUGCGUUCAUUUUCAUCAUUGUUCAACUGAUUGUGGCAUUCUUGGGGGUGUUAGUGUACAAAUUUUACGGAGAGGAACUAAGGGAAAUGUUUGGCUAUGAAGAACACCCAUACGGGUUCUAUGCAAUGGCUGUCUUGGCUAUCAUCUUGGUUGGCUUACUCUAUGGUUUCUUCAUAGCCAUUAUUUGCGGGCAGAGGAUAAAUGAACGCCACUACCAUGUUCUCGCUAAGCAAGAACUGACAAAGGAAUAUAUAGUUGAAGAUCGAGAACAUAACAAGAACGUUCCUGAAUUAGACCCCAGUCAUGUUAUGGAGCUAAGGAUGUUGGGCCUGUAUUAAUCUGAAAUCUUUCCCUGAAUCCAUUGUGCACUUCACUUCCCGUUAGUAUUGAUCUGGCGGAUGUACUUUCAGUCUGGUCAAACAAAGCAAAGUUAUUACUGAAAAUGUUGCCAAUUUGCCAGCAAGAAGAGUACUUCCAAAAUCCCCUGAAUUUAUAUCGAACGACGUGUUUGUUUCAUUCUCCUUGUUUAUCCAAGCGAUCUGUUUGAACAAAUAAAUGCAAUGGAAAGGCAUAAUAUCUGAGAGGAGAAUUCUUGCUGGGAGUUGCUUUGAUUUUAUUGAUUUUGCUGUAUAAAUGGACAUUUUACAUUAAGGGGAAAUUAUUUCCUCCCCUCCCCUCCCCUCCCGCUUACCCCUGAAGUUUUAUUCUCAUUUCAUAUAUCGUUUUGGAUUUUUAUUUUCUUUUGUUGAUAAAAUGUGGAUUGUUUAAAUUGGUAGAUUAAUUCUUCCAUUUAUAUAAUUUAUAUUCUGAAACUAUAAA